AUACUAUGCAAGUCUCAGUGCGAGCGUGUGCAUGUGUGAUCUCUGCAACCAGCCAUUCCUGCACCUUGAUGUGUUGCAUGCUGUAGUACCAUAAAAUAAUUGAUUGCUGGCGCUACGGAAAGUGCCGUAACGUUUACCAAACCCAGACGGGACCUGUCUGGAAGGUCUUCUACAGUAUGAUGCAGGAGUGUAAAAUGCACCCCCGCCGAGCAGCCGUUGCUGUUUUGUGCAUUCUUGCUCUGGAGAAGAUACGGCUAUAUGCUGGCCCUGCUCUGCGCACACAACAGCUCGCUCGUGUGCCCGUUACAUGUAGUAACAUUGCCCCAUAUGGCCCAUGGACCAUGGUGGACACGGGCAGCAGGCGCUACUACCAGUAUGUAUCUUCGAGAUUUUAGCUGCAUCUUCGGCAGGCUCAUCGGAGACUUUCUCGAAUCCGGUCCGGUCUUGUUUCCUAAUCAAGACUUCAAAGGACAUAGCGGGUUGUCCAGCGCUAGCGUAGAUCUACGCUCGCUUGUUUAGGCGUUUCCCUCUGGGUGGCGAAGCGUGAGCGAAAGAGAAGGAGAACAGGAGCUAAGGCGGCCCCAUUAAUUAUGCCCGUCACACCACACCGAUGACGGGGCUGAAAAUACCGACGAGUAAGAGCUGCAGGCCGGAGAUGGUGUGAAUGGAAACCGUGACUCUCUCGCUGUUGGCGAUGUCGCCAGAUCAGGCUCGUCUGUAUGGUCGUCACUUGUAUGUUAUUUCGGUGAUGGCCGUCUACCGUGGGCCGCACAGUACUCGAGUGAAAAGGUCUGUCACUCUCGUGUUUUUUUGAGGCUGGCAAGAAUGGAAGUCCAUGCCGAUUGCGGCUACACUACGAUGUUGUGUUGCGCUGUAGCCUGUACAGCGCGGAAGCCCGCUGCUGCUGCCACCUACCACGGAGUACCACACUUGCCAGAACCUUUCCGGGUCUUCUUCGUAGACUCACACUCACAGAUGACAGCGGAACUGAAAACUCGGCCACUGACUGAAACUGAGCCAUGACAUUGACACUGUAUGCAAGCAGGCGCGGAGCGGAGGUCUACGCCAGUGAGGCUUAUGAGUUUUGUAGUGCGGGGCUGCCAUGCCCCCUCAUGAGCAGUGACUGCACUGCACCGCCACUGGUUGUAAGAAGAAGACGAAGAGCCACAGAACUGUCUGUUGUUCACGAGUUUGUUACCUAGCAAAAGCAAAGAACAGUAAGUGACACAGUGAGAGAACAGUGGCAGGUGCAGGCAUGAAGCUGCUCCAGGAUGAGAUUGAGUAGCUAUGCCUGUGUAUUACUAUUGGUGAGCCAGCUAUGUGAGUCAGCUAUGUGCGGCAGUCUUGUGGGGCAUACCAUGACAGUGUGCAGUUUCAGUAUAGCCAAAUCUGCAUCACUUCGAUACUGCAGCCUGCGCUAGUAAGUAGCAGUACUGGUCGCUAGGCUACACUCUUCCUCCUUCCGCUAAUUGCGAACCGACUAAGCAGAUCAGCAGGAGUUAGAGACGGCUGAACAACUCAACAACUCCGGCUCGCAGUUUAGUGCGGUGCGGCCGCGGGAUAUUCUCCACUGGCUGGCGGCACCAUGGCCAGUUUGUCAGUUGUGUUUACACUGGCUAGUGAUCAUGGUUCAGUGAGAAAGGGCGGUAGUUUGCGGCAAGCACACAUUCAAGAUGACGGUGUGGACGAGAGAACAGCACUCGAGCUGAAGUUGCUCCGUGCGGAACUGAAAGCAAUGCGGGAAGAAGACGAGAUAUUCCUGAGGAGGCUGAAGAAGAUGGACGCGGACUUGAGGGACCUGCGUCAGCUCUGCUUCAUGACCACUCCCGGCGGAGCCGAAGCGGUGCCGUUCUUUCCCGAGGAUGGAGCCUACACAGACCUGCAUGCGGAUGUGGACCGUUCAAACAUGAACGACAGUCUGUCGGCUUCCACAAGCAGUGGCGGUAGCAACACAGGGGAGGAGAACGACAAGUCAAUAUGCCUAUCUCCACCGGCGAUAUCCGGCAGUUCUGUCGAAGUAGAUUCCGUUUUUGGAUCCCCGCCGGUGCGGCUAAAUCUUGACCAGUCAGUAGCAGAGUCGGGUGAAGAAGAGGUUGAUUCUCCGCCUAUGUCACCACCAUGCUCCACCACCACUAGUAACCAUAGACUGCGGGUUUCUUCUCCAACAACACCCCGUGUGACUGGCGGUAGCCCAGUGCGUACUAUUGGUAAGGGGGACCUGACACCGUCGUCAUCGGCGUCACUUACUCCUCUUGCGCAUAGUGCGGCUGUUUCCAAUCUACACAGGCCAAUAGAGUACAGCUCUAGCUUUGGUGAGUCAGCCUUCAUGAAUGACCUACAGUCCAACUCACUGAUGGGUGAUGACCUGAUUGCCAUGUUCAACCAGAAGUCCGACGCCGUUAAAGAAGAGUUGGGGCUGAGCCGCACAUCGCUGGCGUCGUCGUCCAACUCGCCGCAGACCAGUACCCCCAUGGGUGGCAGCAGGAACUCGUCGCCUCUUCCGCCGCGGGCCGCGUCGUGCGUGGAGCUGCGCAGCGCGUCGAGGCCAGAGUCGCCACUGGCCAUGGAGCGGCCGUUCGGCGGAGUACAGCGCCGCACGGGCGCGGCUCUCUCCGUGUCCAUGUCCGUUGUGUGUAGCCUGGAUAGCAGCGGCGGCAGCAGCUUGCGUGGCAAUCGGCCUUCCCCCGCCGGCUCACCAAUGCCUGGCUAUUCACCACUGAACAUAAGGGCAUUGCUAGGUCAAGGGCAGACUUCGGCGAAUGCCUCACCGGGCAGCAGCAGCAGCCGUGAUGGACAAUACUUGCACUCGCAGCGCCACCACCCUCACCACCGAGGCCUCACCCCGCAGACCAGUGCAGGUUCCCUACCACUGACUGGUCGCAAGGAAAAGCUGUGCCGCAAGUCGGGAGUGCUUGGGCCGGAUGGCCAGCCACGAAGUAACUCCGUAGGUUCGUCUGCCAUGGCUCAUGGUCGUAGUGGCUCGGACGAUGCAUCCGGACAGGGAGGUACGGGUGAGGAGCUCAGUGAUCAUUUGUCCCCACUACGCCGUGGCUCCAAGGCAUGGAACAACGACGGCAGCAUCCAAGAAGAGCAGUUCCUGCGCGGCCGUCUAGUGACCAGCCCUCCGGAGUUGGCCAAACCACCGCAAACUUCGACAACUGGGCCACCAGCAGCUGCGUCACCACCACCCCACCACCAGCAACAUCACCAAUUACACCCGAAUCGCACAAGCACCACCACCACCAGCACCACUGCCGAAUUGGGUAGUGCUAACAUAGCCAGCACUACACCGACCAUGUUCAGCCAGAAGCACCGUCGCCAAAUGUCUUACGAUCAGGCAGCUGGUCUUGACGUGCAUACACCCGAUACACAGCAUAAUACACCGCACACAUUCAACGCUCUGAAGGCACGGGAUCCGGGAGAUCGCAGCGGCCCGAAGUGUUCCUAUUCCCAGACGACCGUAUCGACACCAGUGUCGCCGAGCCGCGACCAUCAGCCACCAUCCACUAGCGACAGCAACCUAGUUCAGUCGUCGCAUCUUUCUCUUUCCAGCUCGUCACUGACCGGUCGCAAAUCAGGCAGUGGUGCUUCCCGCUUCUUUGGCAACCUGGUACGCGGCACCAGCAACAGCAAAGGCAUGAAGAAGCGCCAGGACAGCAACCAGAGUCUUGUCUGAUAACGGAACUCUCGCCUGCAUGCAUGGUGAUGACUGAGUAGUUUGUGCAUUAUGAGCACAUCCUUGGUAUGCUCUCUGUUGCAGGACAGUGUUUUCAUUCUAAGUUAAUGUGGAGUCUGGACAUGGCAUGUCAUCACACACACACACACACACACACACACACACACACACACACACACACACACACACACACACACACACACACACACACACACACACACACACUCGCACAUGCACACACAGACACACACACACAGACACAGACACAGACACAGACACACACACACACACACACACACACACACACACACACACACACACACACAGACAGACACACACUCACACCAUACACACACGCACACAGACACACUCACACACCAUACACACACGCACACAGACUCAGACACACUCACACACUGUACACACACACAGACACAGGCACACUCACACACACGGCAAAACACACGUACACAGACAUACACACACACACAAACGUACACCGGAGAACACCAGCACAUUGCAACAAUGGUAACCCAGCCACACUAAAGUCUUUGCUCUUGGUCUUCAUCUAGCACUGGUACAGAAUCCGGGAACUUUUGUUAUCUUUUAGUCUUUUCUUUUUUUUAGAUCUACAUGUAUAUUGCUCUGCCGCAACACAGGUACCGUUCCAGGAUGCAGCACAGGCAGCUUUGUACUUCGAAUUUGUACUUACAGGUACUACACUACUAGACUACACUGUAGUUCGUUUGUUCUUGCUAGUCAUCGGCAAAAUAGCUAUUUGAAACUGCUAACAAACCAGAUAACUUUUCCGACAUCCUAAUGAUUAGAUUGAACGAGUAUUCAUUACUAGCGCACGUGCACUGUAGCAAUUAUUGCCUGCUGUCUUGACUCUUGAACAUGUAAACACGUCAUAGUUCCA